UUCUACGGCCCGUGGCUAAGCGCCCCGCCGCGAGUUUCUUCCCUCGCAGUCAGCUACCGUGUUUCUCCCAGCAGAUGGCGGAGCGGGGCAGGACCGUGAGGGUGAGUGGUCUCCCCGCAGACAUUGAGGAUGACAGACUGAAGGACAAGCUAAUUAUCUAUUUCCUGCGGGCCAAGAAUGGAGGAGGGGAAAUAGAUUUUGUCACAAUUGUCAAGGCAACGCCCGCCUCUGCCCUCAUCACCUUCGAGAAAGGCGAAGUGGCACAGAGAGUUAUUCAGCAGAGCCGACACAUUCUGGAAGUGGAUGGGAAGAAGUAUAAACUCAUUGUAACUGAGCAUCACGAAAGCCAGGACCCAGACAAGGUCAUCUUAAGUUUAUCAGCAACUGUCAACUGCAGCCAGCUUCCUGGGGGAAUAUUGGCAUUGAAAAGCCUCCAUAAAAGCCACCCCGAUGUCCAGAUAAUCUAUGAUGCUGAGGAAUUCUGUACAUUGUGUGGCACCUACUCCAAAGUCCAGGCUGCCUUGGCUCGAUUGCUUGGCCUUCCUGCAGGCCCACAAUCAGAAGAAAACAAAGACUCAUGUCAACCUGCCCCCAGUUCCUCCAGGUCUGUAAAGACAGCAAAGAAGUCUCAUACUCAGGGGUCAGAAGAUCAGUACAGGAAACCAGAUAAACAAAGAGAGAACGUUCCCACUGGCAGGCCAUCCGAUGAGGACAACUCGAGCUCCCGUAGAGACCUGACACCUAGUGGAUAUGGUUGGGAACAUACUGGCCAAACAGAGGGUGCAGAUCUGCAUUUUCCUGGGCCCCCUCCCACAACAGAGGAGGACUUCUCAAUAAUUAUGGAUGCAGACAUGUUCCAGUAUCUGCAGAAACACUGCUGGAAGGAAUACCACCAUAUCCUUAGCCAGUACGGUGUUGAGGUGGUGGAUAUGACAAACCAGGGGUUGACAACUCUGUUUCUGCAGGUUACAACAGGAGUCGGGGAGGGUGGUCAGGAGCAGGAGCACCUGGAGUUGGCAAGAAAGGCGAUAAGUAGGCUUUACCAGGAGAAUGAGACCAAGAUCCGUCGAGCUCAGCUCCCUAAGGGUAUCCUGUCCCCCACGGGAGGACUGCAAAGGGAAAUAGAAAACUUAAAUGUCAGAUUUCCCAAGCUUCUUCUGAAUGAAGAUGACAGAAAUAUUUACAUUAUUGGGAGCAGUAGUGACGUGUCUGAGGCCAAGCAGUUCCUUCUCCUGGGCCAUGACAAAAUGACGGGUAAAAAGGAGGAUGUAGCCAGUCUUCUUAGAUAUCCUUCAUAUGAUUCGAGUUCAUUCACUCCUGCUGAUGAGGUGAGAGUCCCCAUCACCAUGUCCUCCACUGAAGGGUCUCUGGAUAAUAGGAUAGAUCAGCUGCUGAGGUCAGAGGAGGAUGAGAGGAGAGCUGAAGGAGCCAGAAAGUACAAACUGGCAGCUCGGUUUAAGGAUUCAGGGCUGAGUGCAUUAGGCAGUCGACCAACUGACCUCACCUUACGAAGGAUCUCGUCUCCUAGUAGACAAACGCGCACUGGGCCAAUGCUAGGGCAUGACGUCCUGUUGGAAACGGCAGGAAUUUCUGGUGAAAGAGUCUCCAGAGCAGUUCCCCAAAACACCGGAGGGGACAUCUUGUUUAAAAGUGGAGAUGCGUUGCAUUCAUUUGCCUCCAUGCAGAAUAAAACCUCCUCCAACUCAAAUGUAAUGGAUACUCGACCCAAGAGUUUAACCUCCACUCUCGGCACUACUCAGCCCAAUUUGUCAGUAAGUACUACACUUCCACCUACGGGGUCUGGAUUCGCCUUGAAGCGAGCCAGUAGUUUUUCAGGAACACCUCAGCAGAAGGCUCAGGUUAUGAGUCAGAAGAGUCACGAUGACUCCAGCAAGUCCACAGUCAGAGCCAGGGGCAGGCCUUCUAGCUUCAGUACCCAAACGGGGAGGGACAAGCGGAUAGCGUAUAGUGCACAGAUUACAGUUUCCUGGGUGAUGUGGCAGCACGUAAAGGAAGCCUACAGCACCCUAGUGGAUGACCUCACUUCCGAUGUCCAGGUCAAAGAGAGCCGCCCAGAAGGCAGUAGUGAUCUGACUGUCACCUUAAGAGGUGCAAACUCGUCCAAAGUAAGCUCAUGUCAGCUAGGUUUACAGAAGCUGGUUGAGUCGGUUAGUGUAGACUUCUCUGUGCAGGAGCUGCUGUUGUCAGAGCUGGGUGUCACUGAUCCAGCAGAUGAAACUUUACAGGCUUGUUGUACUGAGGUGCGUAGCCGCUUCAAGAAGGUUACUAUCCAGAUUUUGAAGAAGAGCUUAUUUCUUCUCGGUCCAAAACAGUUGUGUUCUAAGGUAGGUGCUACACUGCAGGAGGUAUUUUCUGGAGAUCUGGGCCAGAUACCUGAACAACAGGACUUCCCUAGCCCCUCUACAUCCAACUGGAAUCCGUCCACUUCUUUACAAAUGAAUGUGGAGCAAAGUACAAGUCUGCACUGCAACAGUAAUCCUCAGGGGAUGCUAGAGAGCCACGCAGGCGAAGCCGAUGGGACUGGUGGUGGCCAGGAAAGGAGAACAAACACUAGAAGUGACUUGUUUGAGACAGAGCUUGUGAAUGGAUCUGUUAGACAUCCAUCAGUGAGGCAAGACCCUGUCAUUAAGGAGAAAGUGAAAAUUAUAGGUACAGUGGAGAUGGAUGGACAGAAGACCGAGACACUUGUCAACCACUCCACAGCAGGAAAUGAUAGAAAUGUGAGACAUGUGAAUGGUGUCGGGUCAACAACAGCCCAUACUGUUAAAGCCAUGGCCCUUCCUAAGAAAGAGGGAACCAUACAUUCUACCCAAAAGGACAGUGUAGAGGGAAGACAAUCAGAGGUGCAGGACAACCCCGAAGAAUCCAGGUCAGGACAGGGAGACCCGGGGUGCAUCUGCGUGUGUGGAGACAAUGGGAUGUCAGUGAUGAGAACUGAGUGUGGGGCCACUAUGUGCUCAAAAUGUCUGGACACAGUCCACAUUCACUGCCGAGUUUGUCCCAAGACAGAUGCGACACCCCAGGGCAUCCAGGGCAAAAUGAGUUCCUGUAAUCUACACAUCAGCCUACCUGGUCACAACAAGGACUCUGCUAUCAAGAUCACAUACUUCAUUCCUGAUGGUAUCCAAGGGAAGGAUCACCCAUCUCCAGGAAAACCAUUUCGAGGGGGGUUGUUUGAAGCCUUCCUUCCUGACAACGAGAGGACGAGGAAAAUGCUGCCCAGGCUUGAGAAAGCCUUCAGGCAGGGACUUACCUUCACAGUGACGGACAAAGAGACAGGGGCCAAGGUCACCUGGGACUGCAUCCCACAUAAGACCAGCCUACAGGGAGGCAAAUCAGGGAAUGGUUACCCGGAUUCCACUUACUUGACUCGCUUGUCUCAGAUCUUGACUGCCCAUGGGAUUGAAGAGCCACCAGCCAAAUCUCAAGAAUAAUGUUUUAAAAAACAGCAGCGGAGGAGUUCUUAUGUAGUUUUAUACUCUUAAUUAAUUCACAAUGUCUGAUGAUGUAUAUAGAAAUGUAUAUAUUUCUUAGAUAAUAGAGUUACAGUUAUCAAUGCAGCUAUUUGGGGUUUUUAAAUUUUAUAACCUGCCUCAUUGUUGCUUUCUUUAAGAGACAGACAAUUCGAGUUAUAAUUUUUCAAAAAUGUAAGUGACAGAUGUGACCAACCACCAUGUACUGUGGUCCAUGUCUCUGGUAUUUCAAAUAACAUUCCUGAACAUUUUCUUACUGAACAGGUUGUUUUGUAAAAAUGCAUUUUGUACUGUAUAGUGUGCAUAUUACUGUAUAGAUAUACAUUUUGUACAGUCCUGUGUGGUUUUAAGAAUAAGAAGGAAUCAGGGAGUAAAAUGAUUGACUUUGUAAAAACCUGUCCUUGCUUCUCUUCGGUUUUGUACAGAAUGGGCACAG